GACGAAAGUUGGUCCGAGCGAACAGCAAAUACCGGUCGGGUUAAAAUUGGACAGUUUUUCAACAACAACAGCUUAGCGCCAGACCAAAACCAUUUUAAUAAUUGACAUCCGCUUGCGUGACAGGUGACAAAAUGGCGCCAAAUUUGGAUCGCGAGGAAGUCAAAGGACAAAUCAACGAAGCUUUUAGUCAGGACGAAGAUGAGCUCAAAAAGAAAGAAGAGGACACGUCCAGCAGCUCGAUACCGAGUAUCUCCGACGAUGGCAAUGGCAAGAAAAAGAAGAAAAAGAAGGAUAAAGAAAAACCACCGCCGCCCGAAAUUCCACCCGUGCCUUUCUUCGACUUGUUCCGAUACGCUUCCCCCACAGACUUUGUGCUGUUGUGCUUUGGUACUUUAGGUGCCGUAGGUACGGGCGUCUGCUUCCCGCUCAUGUUGAUUCUCUUUGGUGACAUAACCAACGCGUUCGUCGGUGGAGGUAUGGAUCAGGAAACGAUCAAUGAAAUCAAUUGCAACAUUUCUACCGAUCCAAAUUAUACAUAUCCUUAUCCCCUUGGUCCAACUUGCAACCUCACUGAUCCAAGUGAAUACGCCAACUCUCCGCAGGGUCAAGCCAUUCAAGACGAAUUCACAAAAUUUGGUAUUUACGUUGCCAUUAUUGGCGCCGUCCUUUUACUGCUCGGUUUCAUUUUCGUGACGGCGCUUAAUUUUACGGCUGAAAAUCAGGUCUACCGGAUUAGAAGUAAGUUCUUACAAGCCGUUCUGCGACAGGAUGUCGGCUGGUAUGACACUAAAUCAUCCAACGAUUUUGCUAGCCGCAUCACAGAAGAUUUAAAUAAAAUCCAGGACGGUGUUGGAGAGAAGAUUGGCAUGUUUAUCUUUUCAAUGACAUGUUUCAUUGCAUCUAUCAUCAACGCCUUUAUACACGGAUGGGAAUUGACUCUAGUCAUGUUAGUUUCAACACCGGUUCUAGCCGUUUCUAUGGGAGUUUUGGCCAAAGUUCAAGCUUCUUUGACGGAAAAUGAACUGAAAGCUUACGCCAAAGCCGGUGGUAUAGCCGAAGAAGUAUUCAGUUCCAUCCGAACCGUCAUGGCUUUUGGUGGCCAAAGAAAAGAAAUCGAUCGAUUUCAAGAUGAUUUGGCGUAUGCUAAAAAGGCUGGUAUCAAACGCGGUAUGGCAACGGGUAUCGGGGCUGGUCUCGUCUGGGGGAUUAUCUACGCCAGUUACUCGCUUGCCUUCUGGUACGGGAUUACUCUCAUCCUGGCCGCUUGCGAUGGAAAUUCGUAUUCCUCUUCCGAUCUCUUGAUCGUCUUCUUCAGCGUCUUGAUUGGCGCUAUGCAAAUUGGCCAAGCAGCUCCUUACAUGGAAGCCUUUUCAGUCGCCAGAGGAGCUGCCGCUACUAUUUUCUCCAUUAUAGAUCGAGUUCCGCCCAUCGAUAGCUCAUCCAACGAAGGAUUAGUCCCCGACGGAGUUGAUGGCAAAAUAUCUUUCCGCGACGUCUUUUUCAACUAUCCAUCCCGUCCGGAUGUCAAGAUUCUUCAGGGAAUCAGCUUCGACGUGACACCUGGACAAACCGUCGCCUUGGUCGGCACUUCCGGCUGUGGUAAAUCCACCUGCAUCCAGUUACUCCAGCGCUUCUACGAUCCACUCGAAGGCUCUGUCACCAUCGACGGAAAUGAAUUGAGAAAUCUCAACUUGGGUUGGCUGAGAGACCAAAUGGGUAUGGUCGGACAAGAGCCCGUUCUCUUUGGCACAUCCAUCGGCGAAAAUAUUUGCUACGGUCGAGAUGGCGUCUCCAAGGAGGAGAUGGAACGUGCGGCCAAAGAAGCCAACGCUCACGACUUUAUCCAGCGACUUCCGCGCAAGUACGACACCCUUGUAGGAGAACGAGGAGGGCAAUUGAGUGGCGGUCAGAAACAGCGUAUUGCCAUCGCCCGGGCCCUUGUUCGGCAACCCAAAAUUCUCUUGCUGGAUGAAGCCACAUCCGCUUUAGACACACAGAGUGAAGCGGUCGUGCAGAAGGCUUUAGACAAGGCUAGACAAGGACGUACCACCAUCAUUGUCGCCCACAGACUGACAACCAUUCGCAACGCCGAUCGUAUCAUAGUCAUGAAAGAUGGCAUUGUCCAGGAAGACGGAACUCACGAUAAACUGAUGGCCCUAAACGGAAUUUACUAUCAACUGGUUAUUGCACAACAGGGUGGAGAGUCGGACAGCAAAAGUUCAAUCGAUGACGAAUCCGAUUUUGAGGACGAAGAAGAAAAGAUCGAAAAAGCUAAAUCCUGGAUUCCAGAUGAAAAGGAUGAGAUGAUGGAUGCAGUAAGUCUGGCCGGAAGUCAUCCGCUCGGAAGGCACAAUUCCGUACGGAGUGCUCGUUUGUCUGUGGCUAGCUCUGCAGUGUCUGCCCAGUCGGAAGACAUCGAUGUCAGUUUAAUGGAUAUUAUGAGAAUGAACAGGAAAGAAUGGCACUUCAUCGUCGUGGGAGUCAUCGGAUCAGCUAUCGUCGGUCUAAGCACACCCGUUUUCGCCAUCCUCUUUAGCGAAGUUCUUGGAGUCUUGACACCUGGAGGAUCGCUUGAAGAACAGGAAGAAAAAAGAGCCCAGGGAAAUUUCUAUGCACUCAUGUUCUUGAUCCUGGGUAUUGUCGUCGGAUUCUCCGCUUUCGCCCAGUCUUUCUCAUUCAGCAUAGCCGGAGAAUCUUUGACGUCAAGACUUCGAGGAUUGACAUUCCAGGCCAUUUUGAAACAGGAAAUUGGCUGGUUCGAUCGUAAAACGAACAGCGUCGGAGCACUUUGCGCCCGGUUGUCUGGCGAUGCUGCCAGCGUUCAGGGUGCCACAGGAUCUCGUAUUGGCGUCCUUUUCCAGGCAUUGACCACCAUGAUCGCUUCAACCGUUCUGGCUCUUUAUUUCCAGUGGAAACUGGGAUUGGUAGCUCUUUGUUUCGUCCCACUUCUCCUGGUUUCAACUUAUUUCCAAGCCAAAAUUAUCAUGGGACAGUCCGCACUGGAGCGCGAAGCAUUGCAGAAAUCAGCCAAAGUCGCCAUGGAAGCCAUCAGCAAUAUCCGGACAGUAGCCAGUCUUGGUAAAGAAAGGCAAUUCCACACCAUCUACAUGGAGUCUCUGCGAGGACCGCACAAAGAAGCCCUGAAAAAAUCCUGGAUUCGUGGUUUCAUUUUCGGAUUCGCCAGCUCUAUUCCGAUGUUCGCCUACGCUGUCACCAUGUACUACGGCGGAUGGCUUGUCGUUAACGAAUGUCUCGAUUUCACCAGCGUCUUCAAAGUCAGCGAGUCGCUUCUCUUCGGUACGCAAAUGAUUGGCCAGGCAGUGGCGUUCGCUCCAAACUACAACAAAGCCAAAGUGGCGGCCAACCGAAUCUUUGCUUUGCUGAGACGUGUGCCACAAAUCGACGCCUCAUCCAACAACGGCCUCGUCCUGCAGAACGUUGACGGAAAUGUCAACUUUGAACAAGUUCGUUUCCGUUAUCCCACGCGUAAAGACGCUGAAGUUCUUCAAGGAUUGUCGUUGGCCGUCCGAGCUGGCCAGACUGUCGCUCUUGUCGGACACAGCGGAUGCGGAAAAUCAACCUGCAUUCAACUACUGGAACGCUUUUACGAUCCGGAUAGUGGCCAGGUGCAACUGGACGGCCAGGACAUUAAUCCCGUCAACAUUUCUUCACUCCGUUCCCAAAUGGGUAUCGUAUCCCAGGAGCCGAUUCUCUUCAAUUUGACCAUCGCUCAAAACAUCGCCUAUGGCGACAACAGCCGAGUCGUCCCCAUGGAUGAGAUUAUCGAAGCGGCCAGGAAAGCCAACAUCCAUGUGUUUAUCCAGUCGUUACCAAGCGGCUACGAGACCAUGGUCGGAGAGCGAGGAACGCAACUUUCUGGUGGCCAAAAACAACGCGUAGCCAUCGCAAGAGCGUUGAUUAGGAAUCCUAAAAUCCUGUUGCUGGACGAAGCCACUUCAGCGCUGGAUUCAGAGAGUGAACAUGUCGUCCAGAUGGCCUUGGAUGCCGCAAGGGAAGGCCGAACAUGUAUAACAAUCGCCCAUCGACUUAGUACGAUUCAGAACGCCGACAACAUUAUCGUCAUUAACCAUGGAACGAUAUCAGAACAAGGAACGCACGAAGAACUAAUCAAAUUGGGAGGUCUCUACUUUGAGCUUUGCUCCGUCCAGGGCAUCGCGUUGAAACCAGUCAGCUCUUCCGCCAACUUGGAAGAUGCGCAUCUCUAAAUAUUUUACACGGAAGUCGGAUGGUUUCCCAAACUUCGAUUUCAAGUGAUUGAAUUGAUUAUGUAUAGUGUGUAUCAAUUAUCGAAAUUAUUGGCUUGGUUUUAUUAAAAUAAAUUUGGUUUACUUC